UCAACGCAGAGGGCUACAAAGCUCAUCAUGAAAAUCGCGAUGGCGGAGAGCAUGGGAAGUAUCCUUUCUCACCUUUCAAAGAGCACCAACCAACAGACAAGCGAAUCAAUGGAAAUGGAAGAGACCGGAGAUACAACCUCGCUGGAGUCCAGCUCAGUGGAGCUGCUGACCAGUGAGGAUCCAUCCAGUGAGAGGGACGUCCCGGAGCUUCCUCGGGAGGAGAGUGUGGACAAUCUAUCAGAGAACUUUACAGAUGCCUUAACCACUCAGGAAGAGCCAGUAAUUGAGGAGAUUGUCAGCAAGGAGAGUCCACUUGUUGAAUCCAUCCUGGUGCAGUCCGAACCGGUUGAAUCCAGUCAACAAGUGAAUGGUGAUCUUCAAGGCAAGGAAGACGUGGAGACCAGUACGGAAGAGGUGUUGUCAGAAGGAGCCGAGACUGCCACCUUGGUUGUAGCUGAGGAGAAGGCAUCCAAGGAAUCCAAGAAGGAAGGAAAGAAAGUCAAGAAAGGCAAAGAUGCUGAACACAUGAGCCGUGCCAUCAUGCAAGCUUUGAAUGGACUGGAAACACCUGAGGACAAAAUAGCUGCCUUAUGUAAAAAAUAUGCAGAGCUGCUUGGUGAGCACAAGUCCCUUCAGAGGGAAAGCAAGACACAGACUAAGCAGCUUUCUCAGAUCCAACGAGAAAGAGAUCAUCUCCAGAGUGAACACGGAAGGGCUCUCCUGGCCAAGAGUAAGCUGGAGAGUCUUUGCAGGGAACUCCAGAGGCACAAUAAGACUAUCAAGGAAGAGAGCCUUCAGAGAGCCAGGGAGGAAGACGAAAAGAGGAAGGAGGUUUCCAAUAAGUUCCAGCAAACAAUCAAUGAGAUCACAACACAAAUGCAGGAUAAUCACACUAGGAAUAUCAAGCUAAAAGAAGAAAACAUUGAGCUGGCAUCCAAACUCAAGAAUCUUGUUGAACAAUAUGAGAGGAGAGAAGAGCACAUAGAGAAGUUAUUCAAGCAUAAAGACCUCGAAUCACAGCUCUAUGAUGCUAAAUUACAACAAUCAAAUCUAGCAUUAGCAGAAGAGAAAGAAAGGAAUAAACGAGAAAUGGAACUAUUAUUGACAGAAUCGGUAGAUUCAAAAAGAAGGUUGGAAAUGUAUACAAAACAAGAAGCGCAGUUGAAAGCUCAGUUGGCAGUAUAUACCGAGAAGUUUGAAGAAUUCCAGAGUACAUUAACAAAGAGCAAUGAGGUCUUCCAGACGUUUAAACAGGAAAUGGACAAGAUGACAAAGAAAAUCAAGAAACUGGAGAAAGAGACAAACCUAUGGAGAGGUCGAUGGGAAACCAGUAAUAAAUCACUCAUGACAAUGGUGGAAGAGAAAGGGCGGCACGAGAAGGAGCUGUUAGACAGGAAGAUCAAGAUCAACAGACUAGAGAAUCUAUGUCGAGCUUUACAAGCUGAGAGGAAUGCUCUAAUAGGCAAAGCAAGAUCAUCAAAAGAUGGUUCUCAAUCCUCGCCUUCAUCAGACCUAGUCACAGAACUCAACUCAGCCCAAGAACCAACCUGCAACGGGGAAAUCAUCUCAAACUCCCAGACCGAGACUAACCCUGCCUCCGAUCCGACAGACAGUAGCCCUUCAGGGGAUAGCAGCGCUGCAGCGAGUGCGGAUGGAGGGAACAAGGACGACGGAGGGAGAGGUGAAGGAGGAAGCGGAAAGGAGGAGGAGAAGAAGGAAGCAGCUGGAGUGGAGGAAGGGGAUGGAGAGAAGGGAAAGGAGGAUGGUGAGACGAAAGAUAGCGUAGAGGAGAAUGAUCAAGCAAUGGAAGAAGCAAAUGAUGAAGGUAGCGAGGAUACCAAAGUAGAAUUGCCUGUGUCAUCAGAAGCAUAGGAUAUGCCAUUGCACAACUAGAUCCCUGAGGGGCACUUUCAUCAAGAACGUCAGCACUGAAUAGAUUGUCAGGUCUGUCAAUUUCAGUCAAACCCUUGAUUUUUAUUGGCUGAGAAGCACUGAUCUCCGACUGUAGCUAUGGUAUCUGUCAGAGAGACGUCUUGUUGGUGCUGGCAAGGUUCAUGAAAUGGUCCCCUGUUUCAUAAAACUUGUGAUCAAAAGCUGCUGUUACAAGCAACUGAAAUUGUGGUAUCUCAUUGGCUGGUAUCAGAUUUGUCAGAAAGAUUUCACAUUGCUUAUCAAUAACAUGUUUUUGUGAAGCCUGGCCAAGGGAUGUAAUUUGAGCUCUUGGAAAAUCAGCUUGUCAUUCAUAUCCUUUGCGUUCCCUUCAAUAUAAUGAAUUCCAAUAUCAUGUUUUCAUAAAUCACUGAAAUGAUUUAUUGUGUGAGUACCUUUGGCUUAACACACGAAGCCUUGAUUCCACUUUUCAUCUAUUUUCCAUUAUUUUUUCCCUCUUUGCAUGGUUUGAUAUUGAAAUGAAAGUUGCCUACAUGUAGGAUUAGUGUUUUGACAAAGAACAAUACAUAUGUGUUUUGACCAUCAGAAACUAAGCAUUUUGAGAAAAUGUA